AUGGCUGCCACAGCUUUCGACGCGAGCGUCGUUCCCCAGGCGCCCGAAGACGCGCUCUUCGGGCUGAUGGCCGCGUAUCGCCGUGACACCGACAGCAACAAGGUCGACUUGGGCAUCGGAGCUUACAGAGACAAUAAUGCCAAGCCCUGGGUCCUGCCUGUGGUGAAGAAGGCCGACGAGAUCCUCCGCAAGGACCCCGAUCUCAACCACGAGUACCUGCCCAUUGCCGGUCUGCCUGACUUCAUCACAGCUUCCCAGAAGCUUGUCCUUGGUGGUGACAGCCCCGCCAUCAAGGAAAAGCGAGUCACCAGCUUGCAGACCAUCUCCGGCACUGGCGCCGUGCACCUGGGCGCGCUUUUCCUGCAAAAGUUCUACAAGACCAACUCUGAGCGCACUGCCUACUUCUCCGACCCCACAUGGCCGAACCACUUCCAGAUCUUCUCCAACGUCGGUCUGCAGCACAAGACAUACCCCUACUUCUCCAAGAAGACCAAGGGUCUCGACUUCGAUGGCAUGUACGGUGCGCUAGAGAGCGCGCCUGAGGGCAGCAUCGUUGUCCUGCACGCUUGCGCUCACAACCCCACUGGUGUCGACGCCACACAAGAUCAGUGGAAGAAGAUCGCAGAGGUCAUCCGGGCGAAGAAGCACUUCCCCUUCUUCGACACAGCCUACCAGGGCUUUGCUUCAGGUGACCUUGCCAAGGACGGCUGGGCCAUCCGCUACUUCGUUGAGCAGGGCUUCGAACUCUGCAUUGCUCAGUCGUACGCAAAGAACUUCGGUCUUUACGGCGAGCGUGCUGGGUGCCUCCACUUCGUCACAUCACCUGCAUCUGAUGCGCAGUCAACAGUCACCCGCGUGGCCUCGCAACUCGCCAUCCUGCAGCGAUCCGAGAUCUCGAACCCACCCGCAUACGGUGCUCGCAUUGCCUCGACCGUCCUGAACGACCCACAACUCUUCUCCGAGUGGGAGGCCAACCUCCGCGAGAUGUCCGGCCGCAUCAAGGAGAUGCGCAGCGCGCUCCGCAACAAGCUCGAGGAGUUCGGCACACCAGGCACAUGGAACCACAUUACAGAUCAGAUCGGCAUGUUCAGCUUCACAGGCUUGAGUGAGGAGCAGGUUUUGAAGCUGCGUGAAGACUCGCACGUUUACAUGACUAAGAACGGUCGCAUCUCUAUGGCAGGUCUCAACACUAACAACGUCGAGUACUUCGCCAAGGCUGUCGACAAGGCUGUCAGGGCUACGCAGUAG